AACUUAUUAAAUAGAUCCACAUGAUGACGGUGGGUACGAGUGUCCCAGCAGAGGGUGUUGCGGUGCCGUUAGUCCCAGACGGCUUGCCACGAGAAGAUACCAUGGUGCACAUUGCGGACUCAUUGGAGGCAUUGUCAACGUUGUCAAACUUGGUUUUUGAAACAAUCAACUUAAGGGUUACUGGACUAAACUCGCAACUCGAUGAUCUAAGCAGCAAGAUAAGCGGAGUUCAGACAAAGAUUAACGUAGUGCGUGGAAACUCUCAAGCAACGAAAGUACUGGCACCAGCACACUUUCCUGUUAUAGAUUUGAACAAAAAUGAUAUCACAGAAAUUCCAUUAAAAGCCAGAAGACGAAAUAUCAACCGACGAAGUCGCCAAGUAGUCAUGAAACCGUUCGAAGAGGCAAGUCUUGAAAAAAUGAUUCAGCAGAAAUCACAAUUCUUCACGAUUCCGUCUCUACCGCGGGAUAAAACAGCAGUUAGCACAAUUUGCGACGAGCCUGAGUUCUGGGAGGAGGGGCUUGGGGAAGCACCACAUAACAUCAAAAGUGUUACAUCUCUUUUGACCUUCCACACUAAUAAAAACCCAUACAAAAAAUACGAUAUGCGGAAUCAAGCGCGGUCGAGGCAGAAGAAAGAAGACAAGAGAUUCACUGGUAAUAUUCCCGACAACGUCUUGCCUGAAGCACCGCCCUCGAUUUUAGAGAAAGAUCGUUUGCCAAAUGUGGCGGUUGAAGACAGACGGUACAAGCCAAUUCAGCUGGAAAUUGGGGAGUUAGAGCUACCGGAUCAGUUAGAGCUCACAAAUGUGGCUAUUGUUCCGUACUCCAACAGGCAGGACGUUUCUUCUAUUGCGCCAUCCGCGCCAGCUGCCGACUUGUCCAAGAUCCAAGGCCUGAAAGACGUCGAACCAACUAUAUUUAACGCUUCGGGUCCACCUCCGCCGCCUCCCAACCCGUCGGAUUUACCACCACCGCCACCCGGACCUCUUCCCCCACCGCCGCCGGGUCCGAACUUUGAUGCAAGUGGUGUUCCGGGACCCCCGCCGCCACCGCCUCCUCCACCCCCUCCGCCGCCCCCACCAGGACCAAUGAUGCCGCCUGCCCCGAAGCCUUCGUCGUCAAAAGAGCAGCCAUCGGGAGAGGAAGAGAAUGAUAGAAGUGCACUGAACAAAGCUCUCACCGAUCCUUCAAUGGGAAUUGCGCGUUUGAAGAAGGCGAGUGAGAGGAGAGCAGAGAAAAAGAAGGCAAAGGAGCCGCCUCCUCCCAAGACCAAUGACUUCAUGGGGGAGUUGUUUAAGCAGGUCUACAGGAGGAGGAAUCACAUGGCAGGAAAACAAGCGCCGGAAGAUCCGUUCAAGCAGAAUCCGGACGAGUCCAGUGAUAAACCGGCGGAACCAGCCGGGGGGUCUAAAGGGGUGCAGUUGCCCACUCUCCCUUUCUUUCCAAACGAGACAGACGGCUCAAGUGGAGGCGAAUCGGAGUCGGAAUGGACUGAUGAUUAAAAAAAAUGAAAGAAAAAUUGAAAACUGAGAAGAGAAAAAACGGCCGGAAUGAUUAUUUGGAUAAAAAACUGACCUAUAUAUUUAACUUAAUCAAAUCAGUUGUCAUAUCAUUUUCCUUGUUUUUGAUUAGGUGCUAAUGAUUGUUGUGAAGACACAUAUAGUGCGUAUUGGCUUUUUCGAAGUUUUCAGAUAAAAGUCUUUAAACGCUCUAACGUGCCUUAGUGCAUUAUAAUGCAUUAUCAAUGCUCUUGUGCAUAUUUGUUUUUUUGAGUUAAUCUAAUUUGAUUAAAAAGAAGGCAAAUUCCUCCCUUCAACUACGAAAGCAAAGUUAGCACCAAAAAAUGAAUUACUAGAAGUUCGAAAAUUGAUUUAAGUUUUCAGAAUUGUGACAAAGAUGUGAUCCGUUGAUCCAGUUUUCUCCAUUUGGGUUCAUAUCAGCUAAAAAUGUAAAUCAUUUCUCUCUAAUUUUUCGUUGAAAGUCCUAGACUGAAACUUUACUGUUUCAGUUAGUUUGAUUUAGAUAUUCUACGCAGAAUUUUGCUGUGCGUCAAUUGUAAUUCGAAAUGAACAAGCAAAUUCUUCUGUCUUUUUUAUAUUAUUCAAUCUGAUACUAGUCUUUGAUGUGAUUCCAAGGGUUAUUCUGAUAUAUUAUUGAACUGAAAUUUGCUAAUUAUGCAGCAGUAGAGUUUCAAUUCGAGCAGUAAAGAUUUUAUAGGCUGACUAUAGUUUAUUUUUAAAAUAGUAUAUUUAUUUUUAAAUACGAACAUAUUUACAAAUAGAAUUUUACGUGUUCAAAAUGAA